AUGCGGCUCCUCGGCGCAGUAGCCUGCCUGCUGGGCCUGGCGCACGCAACAGCCCUGACGUACAAACUCGAGGCGCACGAGAAGGCGUGUUUCUUCGCGACGACGGAGCAUCCGGGGCAGAAGGUGGCGUUUUACUUCGCUGUGCAAUCAGGAGGCGCCUUUGACGUGGACUACAGCGUCGUGGGGCCCAACGAGAAGGUGAUACUGGACGGGAGCAAGGAGCGGCAGGGCGACUUCGUCUUCACGGCGCAGGAGAGGGGCGAGUAUCGCUUCUGCUUCAACAACGAGAUGAGCACGUUUGCGGAGAAGGUCGUGGAUUUCGAGAUUGCGGUCGAAAACGAAGCCCGCAACGCACAACUCCCCUCGCGCCCGGGCACCAGCCCGGAGCAGACGUCGGUCCUCGAGGAAUCCAUCCUCAAGCUCUCGGCCCAGCUGUCCACCAUCUCGCGCAACCAAAAGUACUUCCGCACGCGCGAGAACCGCAACUUCUCCACCGUGCGCAGCACCGAGAAGCGCAUCCUCAAUUUCAGCCUCAUGGAGAGCGGGCUCAUGAUCGUCAUGGCUGGGUUGCAGGUCUUUGUUGUGAGGUUCUUUUUUCAGGGGGCCAGGAAGGGGUAUGUGUAG